AUGGCCCCUCUUUCUGACAUGAUUCCUCAUCCCUAUUAUCCUCGCACUCUCUCUAUCCCAUCCUACAGUGGCCGUACUUGGUCUCCUCUGCAAAUCCUGGGCUACAGAGUCAUCAGUGUUAGUCCCCACUACUCGAGCAAGACUAAGUCCAGCAAGGUUGCUCAAGCAUCUUCUGCUCCACUCGGCACUCGUUUAAUCUUUCUCUGGUUUUUGGCAUGUUCAGGCAUUCAUUUUAUUACUGAGGGUUACUAUGUAGCCUUCAAUCAGACCAUUGCCAGCAGAAACUCGUUUAUGGCUGAGCUCUGGAAAGAGUAUGCACUGUCAGACUCUCGCUAUAUUACGUCAGAUCAAACUAUCUAUAUAUGGGGUCCGCUCUGCUUUAUUGCUUGCUGCAUGAUCUACAAAAACUGUUCCAAGCGCCAUCUCGUUUUAUUUUCCAUUUCUUUUGGUCAGCUCUACGGUGAUAUCAUUUAUUAUGCAACCACUCUCGCAGAAGGUGCUCCACACUGCAAUCCCCAUCCUUUCUACUUUUAUUUCUAUUUUAUCUUUAUGAACUUGUUUUGGAUCUUUAUUCCCAUCAUAGUGAUGAUGGAUAGCGGAAAAGUGAUCAUGAGUGCAUUGAAUGCUACUCAUGCUCCAGAAAAGGAGACUCGCAAGAACAAAUGA